CCCAAUCUCUUGAAGAUGUUCGACAUAAAAUAUAAUCACAGAAUUUGAGCGACGACUGAAUAAUCGGGUGUACCUACAAAAUAACAUGCCUCCGAACUGUAUUGCUUGCGUUGGAUGUCCUUAGGCUACUCAAGGGCAUCAGCAAACGUCAUUAUCCCAAGUCCCCACAGCCAUGGCCGACAAUAUGUCCCACGGUACGCAUAAUAACAAACACUCUGGCGGGACGGGACAAAAGCUGGCAAAUGGCCUCGUCAUUGUCGCUGGCGUCGCCUCUCUUAUCGCGACGCUGAUUUCUAUCGUGUCCAUAUGGCUCCAAACAAAGAACUAUCGAAAGCCCCUUCUUCAGAGAUAUGUGGUUAGGAUUUUGCUCAUGGUGCCCAUAUACUCCAUAUCGUCUUGGUUAAGCUUAGUAUCCCUGAGUGCAGCCUUCUGGGUAGAUCCCAUUCGAGAUGUUUAUGAGGCUUUCACUAUAUAUACGUUUCUCCAGCUUCUUAUCAACUUCAUCGGAGGCGAACGAGCUCUAAUCAUCAUGAUGCAUGGUCGCGAACCUGUGCAUCACCUAUGGCCCAUGAACCACUUCCUACCGAAAGUCGACAUCUCUGAUCCCCAUAGCUUCCUCGCCAUAAAACGCGGUAUCCUGCAGUACGCGUGGUUAAAGCCUGUUCUCGGCCUGGCAUCCAUUAUAAUGAAAGCAACAGGGGUAUACCAGGAAGGAUAUAUGGGAUUGACAUCUGGAUAUAUGUGGAGUGGAAUUGCAUAUAAUAUCAGUGUUACAGUCAGCUUAUACUCCCUGGGGAUGUUUUGGGUCAUUAUGGCAAAAGACUUGCAGCCAUUCAGGCCAAUGCCGAAGUUUCUAAACAUAAAACUUAUCAUCUUUGCUUCGUACUGGCAAGGGUUCGGACUGUCGAUAUUGGUGUGGCUUGGUGUCAUACCAGAUGAUGUGCAAGGCUACACUCCAGACAAUAUUGCCGCAGCUAUCCAAGAUGCACUAAUUUGUUUGGAAAUGCCCGCAUUCGCCAUUGGCCACUGGUAUGCCUUCUCAUGGCAUGACUACGCUGAUGCCAGUAUAUCAGCGGCGCGUUUGCCAGUCAAGUAUGCCCUCAGAGACGCGUUCGGUAUCCGAGAUCUUAUUGAGGAUACCAAGGAGACUUUCAGCGGCAAAAAGUACGAGUAUCGUUUAUUCGACUCUGGCGACAAUAUAAUAGCUCACGAAGAGUCCAGCUCUCGGGUUGCAAGAAUGAUGGAGGGCAUGCGAUACGAACGUGGUGGUAAGGGGAAGUAUUGGAUUCCAAGGCCGGGAGAAGCCAAUGCCCGAACUCCAUUGCUUGCCGGGAAUGGAGGGCCCAGUACUGGACGCACAUCAAUCACUGGUCUCCCGGAAGAAGCGACAUCUUACAUUGAAAACCCCAACGAUGGAACUGUCAACUCUGACGGCCUGGGUGUUGACGAGGAGGAGCUUUACGCAAAGGCAAGGAAGCUUGAGUUUGGUGACUGGAAUUACCCAGUAAUUACAGCACAUACUGCCAAAAAGCGCAGCUGGAUGACGGAAGAACCAGAGUUGCUGAAAACAUCUGCAAAUCGGCACUUAAUCCAGCCAACAAGGAGUCAUGAAGUCAAACGCAAAAAGAACGUCAAGAAAACCGUGCAAAAGGUCCAGUCCCAGACCCAAAGGUCCGAGAGCGAAGGUUCCAAAGGCAAAGGUAAGGGCAAGGAUAGUACCGGAGAAGAAGGCCGCGCUCCUCUGUUAAAAGGUAUGCUUCGACACCAUUCGUUAGAAUCUAGUUCGGCCAAGUCAGACAGGAGCCAACUCGUGGACCUUGUCGUUGAGGACACCGACGCAGAGGAGAUCGAACGGGUGCGCGCAAGGAAAGAGGGCAGCGCAGGCUGGAACGCCGUCGAGCCAAAACGCUUCGUUCGCACGUACGAAAACGAAGGCGAAGAAGUCCGCGAAGGCUUCGAGCCCGAGGACGGAUCUCCGGUCAUUGAUCCCAAGGAGGGUGAUGACGAGAACACCAACCCGAAUGGUAGAUUUGCUAUUGGUGAGGACGACUCGGAGAGUCCCGGUGCGCACGAGUCGCGCGAGUGGCAGGAGAACAGGGAGGAAGUGACGCCGAUAUUGAGCCCGAAAUAUGGACUCCCGGGUGAGGAUCUGGAGAAUGUUUGGAGUGGUGAAAGUCCAAGUGGUACGGCGAGAGAGAACCCUUGAUUUGCAUAGAUAUGUGUAAGAUACCACAGCUUGGCAUAGCGCCGGCGUUAUGAUGCAGCCUACGAGAGGCCAGUAUGAAUGUAUUAGCAUCAUCCUACCAACAGUAUACGUGCUCCAAAUGCUGAAGUAGUGCAAUGUAUGAGAUAUUGAAAGCCGUGACCUUAUAGGAUCGAAAAAAC